AUGACUGCAGCGAACCCACGGGAGUUGAUUCCAGAGCUGUGUCGUUUGUUUUACGACAAGGGCUGGGCCACAGGCACCGGUGGUGGCUUUUCCAUGAAACAAGAUGGGAAGAUCUACAUCGCUCCAUCUGGGGUGCAAAAGGAACGGAUUCAGCCAGAGGACAUCUUCGUCACCGAUGGCGAAGGCACCGUGCUCGAAACACCGCCAGCCGAGAAGAACCUCAAGAUGUCCGAGUGCACACCUCUGUUCAUGAACGCCUACAGGCUAGCCAAUGCGGGCGCAUGCGUCCACUCCCACUCCCAGAACGCCGUGCUCGCCACCCUGCUCUGCGACAAAGAGUUUCGCAUCACAAACCUGGAAAUGAUCAAGGGCAUCAGGCGUGGACAGACCGGAAAGAACUUUGGAUACUACGACACGCUUGUCAUCCCCAUUAUCGAGAACACAGCACGGGAAUGCGAAUUGGAGGAGCGGAUGGCCAAUGCCAUGCGCGCGUAUCCAGAGGCGUGUGCUGUACUGGUGCGCCGCCACGGCGUCUAUGUUUGGGGAGAGACGUGGGAGAAGGCGAAGAGCAUGGCCGAGUGCUUCGACUACCUGUUUGAGAUGUACGUCAAGAUGAAGCAGCUUGGUGUGGACCCAGAAGCAGCGCCAGCCCGCGGCCACAACGCAGCCACACCAGACGACCAACCACCCAAGCGUGCAAAGGCCGACGCAUGA